GUCCUUCGCGGUGUCCGUCCCGGAGCGCGUACCGAAGAAGGUUCAGGGGCUGGGUCGGGGCAACUGGCUCAGGAACUUGGCUGGAGAUGGAGUUCGACUGUGAGGAUGUGAGACGGCUGCUUGGCAAGUACAAGUUCAGGGAUCUAACUGUGGAAGAACUGAAGAAUGUAAAUAUGUUUUUCCCACAUUUCAGAUACUCCAUGGACACCUAUGUUUUUAAAGAUAGUUCCCAGAAAGACCUGCUGAAUUUUACUGGCACUAUUCCUGUGAUGUAUCAGGGUAAUACGUAUAACAUACCAGUUCGUUUCUGGAUUUUGGAUUCUCACCCUUUUGCUCCCCCCAUUUGCUUCUUGAAGCCAACUGCAAAUAUGGGAAUCUCAGUUGGAAAACAUGUUGAUGCUCAAGGCAGGAUAUAUUUGCCCUAUCUCCAGAACUGGAGCCAUCCUAAAUCUGUCAUUGUUGGAUUAAUUAAAGAAAUGAUUGCCAAAUUUCAAGAGGAGCUUCCCCUGUAUUCUGUAUCAUCAUCUGAUGAAGCCCGGCAGGUAGACUUGCUGGCCUAUAUUGCAAAAAUCACUGAAGGUGUCUCUGAUAUACAUUCAAAGAGUUCAACAAAUCAUGAGCAUAAGAGAGUCAAUAAAAUUACUGUGGUUGGAGGUGGAGAGUUGGGUAUCGCCUGCACAUUAGCAAUCUCAGCAAAGGGCAUUGCAGACAAGCUGGUCCUUUUAGACCUCUCAGAAGGGACAAAAGGAGGAACAAUGGACCUUGACAUCUUCAACCUACCUAAUGUGGAGAUCAGCAAAGAUUUGUCUGCCUCUGCUCAUUCCAAGGUGGUGAUCUUCACCGUCAACUCUCUGGGUAGUUCUGAGUCAUACCUUGAUGUGGUGCAGAGCAAUGUGGACUUAUUCAGAGCCCUUGUCCCAGCUCUGGGACAUUAUAGUCAACAUGGUGUCCUGCUUGUUGCAUCUCAACCAGUGGAAAUCAUGACCUAUGUGACGUGGAAACUGAGUAAAUUUCCUGCAAAUCAAGUGAUUGGAAUUGGAUGCAAUUUGGAUUCACAGAGAUUGCAGUAUAUUAUUACCAAUGUUUUAAAGGCACAGCCUGCAGGCAAAGAAGUAUGGGUUAUUGGUGAGCAGGGAGAAGACAAAGUGCCCACAUGGGGUGGCCAAGAAGAAGUAAUGAAUCCUAGCCCUCAGGUACAGCUGUCCAACAGAGCCAUGGAACUGUUACGAGUAAAAGGUCAAAGAUCCUGGUCUGUCGGACUAUCAGUGGCUGACCUGGUUGACAGUAUUGUAAACAAUAAAAAGAAAGUACAUUCUGUGUCCGUUUUAGCAAAGGGAUAUUAUGAUAUAAAUAGCGAAGUGUUUUUAAGUUUGCCUUGCAUCCUUGGAGCCACUGGGGUAGCUGAAGUCAUCAAAGUCACAGUGAGAGAAAGCACAGUGACCGAGAAACUACAAAGCAGUGCAUCCUCAAUUCAUGGUCUCCAACAGCAGUUAAAACUUUGAUUCUCAAAUGUAGUUACCUGAAAGGUGAAAAAGGUUGUUUAAUUUUGUCAACUAUAGAUAGGUUUGCGAACUUCUUUAUCUUACUACUUACCCUUACAAACUUUUGGUUAAGGUAGAUGGUUUCUUAGGUAGCCUUGUAAUUUGAAUCCAUAAGGAGUUAGAUUAAGAAGGAAAUAAAAUCUUAAUUUUCUUGGGAUUCUUGACAUAGAUAGCUACACUGUUCUUUAAGCUCACAGAAAGGAUAAACAUUCAUCUGUACUGUAAAUCAUUUUAAAUUGUAUAUCCUAAACUCAAAGCACAUUAGCACUUUGGAAAUCUCCUGAAAAAAUAAUUUUAAAGGAUUAUUCUUUGACAUUUAUAAUAAACAUGAUAAGUCGAAGGGCCAGAAUGGCCUUUCCUAAAAAAUCUGUGCUAGGUAUACAUUCAGAAAAUUCACAGUGUAUUAAUAUUUCUUUUGCAAAAGUAG